AUGCUUUUUGUUGUUGAGCUCGACAGCAGAUUGGAAAAAUCUGCAGAUAAAAGAAUAAGUGUUGAAAGAUUUAGGAAAAUAUUUGAAAUUUAUGUUGAAGAUAAACUUGAAGAAUUAAAAAGGUCAGGAUCUGAAAAGUAUGAUAAGGAUUGUCGAGAUUUCAAUUAUUUUAUCGAUGAUGUAAAAGAUGUAUUUAUAAAUAAUGAUUUGGUAAAAAUCCCUGUUAAAGUUCGUAAGAGUAUUUGGGAAACGCAUGUUGACAAAAACUUACCGAAACUUAUGAAAAACACUACUAGUUGUAAAUGUAUUAGAAAAGAACAUAAUUAUAAUAAAGAAUAUAGAGAUAUGACUCGAACGUUAGAAGAUUUUUGUGAAGAAAAAACACGCAAGCUAGAAAUUAUAUAUCAAAAGGAUUACGACGAAAGUUUAUAUGUGAAUUUUAAUGAAUGGAUAAAUAAAAAAAAAGAAGACAUUUUAAAGGAAUAUGAAAAAUUAAGUAAUAAAGAUAAAUAUAAACACUUAUUAAAAAUUAGUGAAACCUGUGAUCUUAAUCAUGUGGAUAAAUUAUUCCUUAAUAUAUCAAGUGAGGAUAUGAAAAAAAUGAAGGAAGAUGUUAAAAAACAACAUCUUGAAGUUAAAGUAAGACCACCAGUAAAUGAACCGAUUGACGAUAGAGGUAAAGAGGAUGCUCUAAGUAGAGGGGGUAAAAGCAUUAUUUUAAAUAAGGAGGAAAAUUCACCUACUGAAGAAAUCACGACUGAAUAUAAUCCUGUAAGUGAAAUGGGCGUUGGAACUACUAUAGCUCAUAGUGAACCUGGGCCCAAAACGGUUAAUACUGAAGUUAGAAAUGUUCUAAGAUCUGAUGGAAAAAUAUCUGAUCAAGGUUCUCAGAAAAGUCCUCCUAAGGAACUUUCUAAUAAACAAAUGACUCCUGCUCAACGUAAGAAUGUGCCACAUUUUGUUGAAAGAAGAGGCUAUGGAAAUAGUCAUGUUAGGGGUAACGCACUUAAAAAAAUUAGUAAUGGUGAUGAUAAUUAUAAAAGUCCUUCUUCUAAUUAUAUUGAAGUUGAUUGUGCUGAAGAUAAAUAUUUUCUAUUAGAAGAUGGAACUAAUCAAUCAGAAAAUAGUUGUAAAACAAAAUAUAACUAUUUUGUAUCUAAUGAUUAUGAUGGUACUGGGUCUGCUAUUUAUUCGACAGAUCAGGUACCUAGUAGGGAAGAAAUUAAAAGCCCUGAUUCUUUAUCUACAUUAGAUGCCAGAGGAAGUACACAUAAUUUAAAUGUUUCUAAUGAGGGAAAUCCUCUUGAGGGUGGGGAGGAAAAAAAUAAUGUUAAGAUAAGUGAACAAAAUGGUCGUAAUCUGGAAAGUUCUGUAGGAACAGAUAAGGGUUCAGAUAAAAAUGAAGAAGAAGUAGCUGCUACUUGUGAUCCAAACGAUCGAAACUGUUUUGAUGGAAGAUAUAUAAAUGUUGAUUAUAUAAGAGGUUUAUUAAAGGGUAAACGUUCUGGUUCAGAUGGAAGAUCUAAUAUAAAACACAUAAUUUCUAAUAACUUUGAUGAUAGUAAUAUGAUUUUUCCUACUUUUAAUUUUGAUUUCGAUAUUUUAAAAGCUGAAGAAGAAGUUUUACCUGUGAAUAAUUCUGAUAUAAUAUAUGGACAUGAAGAAGUGGAAGAAACUACUCAAGAAGGUGCAUCAAUAUUUGAAAAACAUAGUCAUACUUCUUCUCAACAAAAUGAUUCAUCUGCUUCAGGAAAUAAAUAUAGAAUGUUAUCUACAACUAUGGAAUUACCUAAUCAACAAGAGGUAUUUGGACUAUAUUCACCUGUAUCACGAACGCUUGAUAGUGCUAUGAGUUUUUUGCGAAGUAUUAUUAGUUUGAGUAGUGCUCCAGUUUCACGAAGUGAAGGUCAAAGCAAAGAAAGCAAACGUGUAGAAAUAUCAACUACGGUUCAGGAUCCUAUUGGAUAUAGGACUUCCCCUUUACAAAUGAAUGCUCAUAGCGUUGGUGCUGGUAUUAAUGUAUCCUCAAUAUUAUCAAUGUUAGGUUUGUCUAGUGGACAAGUUCGAAGAAGUGGUGGGCAAGGAAGUGAAACAUAUAUAGUUGGUACGUCUCAAAGUGGUUUCCAUAAAAAUGAAGUAAUUCCCUCCAUAAAAGAUAAAAGUGGUAAAACUCAAAUCGUAAGUAAUGAAAAAGGAGGGAUUUUUUCAAAAGGGAUAACAUCAAUGAUGUCGUCUCUACCAGUUGCAUUAGUAACAUUUGUAUUUCUUUUUAUGUUUUUGGUAUUUAAUAAGAUGAAUCCUUUUGGUACAACAAUUGUUCAAGGGAAGAAAAAAAAAAAAGUAAAACAAAAGUUGGGUGAAAGAAAAAAGCCAAAAAGGAGAUCAGCAAAGCGGCGUAGAGGUGUUGAUGUUAAUAUGGAGGAAGAAAUAAAUAAAAUAAUUUAUACAAACGAAUUUAAUAAUUAUGAAGAUAAAAUAUAUGAAGAUGUCAAAUAUAUUAAAGAACAGGAAAAUGAAAUGUACUUGAGAGAUGGAAUUGAAGAGUUACAUAUGGAUGAACCAAGUGGGGAUGUAUAUUUUGAUGAUCAAGAUGAUUAUAUAUUUUUAGAUGAACAAAAAGAGGAUGUAUGUUUGGAUGAAGCAAAAAAUGAUAUAUUAUCUAAGGAAUCAUUUGAUGAUGUACUUAUAAAAGUGGUAGAUAGGGAAAUAAAUAGAGAAAUAAAUGGAAAAAUAAAUGGAGAAAUAAAUAGAGAAAUAAAUGGAGAAAUAAAUGGAGAAAUGAAUAGAGAAAUAAAUAGAGAAAUAAAUGGAGAAAUAAAUGGAAAAAUAAAUAGAGAAAUAAAUAGAGAAAUAAAUGGAGAAAUUCCACUAAAAAAGGAGAAAUGGAUGUGGAAAACCAUAUUAGAGAUAGAAAUGAAAGUAGUAGAAAAGUGUAAGAAAGAAGAAUGGGAAGAAAGCAAAGGUGAUUUUUUAGAAAUAUGUUUAGAUGAGUUUAUAAAAAAAGAAAAUGAAUAUAACAAAAUACAUAAUAAAGUAAUUAUUGAAAAGAGUGUGUUAGAAAAUCAAAAUAUGUUAUGGAAUAAAUGGAUAGAGAGACAUAGAUAUAUGCUUGAAAAGUGGAAAAAAGAAGAAUGGUUUUAUAAUUUAAAAAAUGAAUGGAUAAAUGAAAUAGAAAAUUAUGAAAAGAAAGAAAGUGAUAUAGAAAUAAUAUUACCUAGUGAGAAAAAAACACGAAAUAUUUCAUUAGAAAAACAAAAAAUUAUAUGGAGAAGAUGGGUUGCAAGAUAUGUACAACAUAUAGAUGAUGAUAUAAUUGAAGAAUGGUUUAAAAAAAUGAUGGCAGAAUAUGAAAAGGAAGAAUAUUAUUUAAACAAAAAUAGAUAUAAAAUUAUUAAUCAUAUAAGAAAUAGAAAUGACAAACAUGAUGAGAAUGUUCAAUGUGAUGAUGAAGAGAGCUUAGUUUCUUCAUCCAUUUGUUUUGAUGUAGAAGAAAAAAAAAAAAAAAAUUUGUUGACUAAAAUAUGGUUUCAGAUACAUAUGAUGAUAUUAGAAGAAUAUAAAAAGGAUGAAUGUAUACAUAUUAAGAAUUUAUUAUUAGACAAUUAUAUAGAUAAUUUAAAAAAAAAAAAUGAACUUGAUGCAAAAAAGAAACUUCAGAAGUUAGACAUUUUAAAUGAAAUGAAAAAGGAAAAUAAUAUUAUAGACAUAAACGAAAGAAAUAAAUGGGAAGGAGAAAAAUGGUUUGAAGAUUUAAAUAAUGAAUGGAAUGAUUAUGAAAGGACAUAUAUAAAAAAUAAUUUUGUAAUUAAAAAAGAAAAUGACAUGAAUAUUAAAUAUGAAUAUAUUAUAAUAGAUGAGCCUUUAAUGAAAGUAAAAAAAGAUAUACCUCAAAUGCAUUGGAAAAAUAUUUAUGAAAAAUGGUUACAUGAUGAAUAUAAAUAUGUAUAUAGAUGUGAAGAUAUAAACAAAUCAGUAGAUGAAAAAAGGGAUAAUAAUAUAGAUAUAGGUGAAAGCAUAAAUGUUAAAAAUAAUGAAGUAAUGAAGGAAAAAAAAGUAAAAUGGAAAACUAUCAUUGAGAUAUAUAUGGAGGUAAUGAACGAAUAUAAAAAAGAUGAGUGGGAAGAACAUCGAGGAGAUUUCUUACAAAUCUGUUUAGAGGAAUUUAUUAAGAAAGAUAAUGAUGAGAUGAGAAAUAUAAAUGACGAAUUAUAUAUCGAACAAAGUGAUCAUAUGGAAGAUAUGCUUAUGUUAGAGAGACAAAAAAUUAGAUGGCUUCAAUGGAUUAAUCGAAAUAAAUAUAUGUUAGAAAAGUGGAAUAAGGAAGAAUGGUUUUGUAAAUUAAAAAAGGAUUGGGAAGAUGAAAAGAAUAGAUAUGACGAGAAAUUAUUUCUUUGGAAAAAUACAGAAAAUGAUAAAUAUAUAAAUCCGAUGUUAGAAAGACAAAAAUAUAUAUGGAGAAAAUGGAUUGCAAAACAUUUAUAUCAUAUUGAUGAGUGGGAAAAUGAAGAAUGGUUUAAAUUGUUAAUGAGUACAUAUGAAAAAGAUAGAGAUGAUUUGAAAAGAGAUCAUCCAAUUAACAAAAUGGAUGAUAUGGAAAAGAAAAAGUUGAUAACAAAAUUAUUUAUUGAAAUACAUAUGAUGGUAAUUGAAGAUUUUAAAAAGGAAGAAUGUUAUAGGAAUAAACAAACAUUUGUUGAUACAUAUAUAAAUGAGAUGAAAAAAGAAGAACCUUGUGAGAAAAAUAGAGAGAUGUUAAAUAUAUUGAAUAAUAUAAAAAAAGAUAUAAAAUUAGGAUAUGAAAAUACAAAAAUGAAUGAAUGGAAAGAAGAAAAAUGGUUUGAUAAAUUAAAAAAAGAAUGGAAAGAAGGUGAAUGUAAAAACUUUGUUGAUAUAGAAAAAGAAAAUUUUGAUAAGACACAAGUUAAUGUAAUUAAUAAUUAUAUGUUAGAAAUUCAAAGAAGUUUAUUAAAAAAAUAUUGGCAAGAUGUAGAAAUAAGUUGGAUAGAUGAUGAUAAUCAAACUGAUUGGUUAAAAAUAGCUAUACAUAUGGAUGACUAUGAUAAUAAAAAUAAAGUAUAUAAUAGAAGACAUGAUUAUAUGAGAAAUAAAAAUUUACAUGUUAAAAAAAAAAAGAAUAUCAUAAAUGAGGAUCAUCUAAGUGAAGACAAUAAAUAUUUACAUGAAAAUAAUCAUUCCUAUAUUAAAAGGAUUAUAGAAAUAUAUAUGGAAAGGGUAAAUAAAAUUCAAAAAAAAGAAUGGGAAGAGAAUAAACGGGACUUUUUAAAAAUUGCUUUAGCAGAAUAUAUAAAAAUGCAAUUCGACAAACAAAAGAAUUUAUGUAUUGAAGAAAUGGUAAUAAAAAAUAAAAAUAUAAAUGAUGAUAAUAAUGGAUAUCUAGAACCAGCCUUUUUGUGGAAUCAAUGGGUAGAAAGGAAAAGAUAUAUAAUGGAAAAAUGGAAAUAUGAAAAAUGGUUUGAAGAACUAAAGAUUGAAUGGGUAAAGGAACAGGGUAUAUAUAUAAAAGAAGAGGAAAUAAACACAUUUAUGAAAGAUGAAAAAAAAGAAAAUAAUAAAAUAAUACAUAAUGAUAAAAUAAUACAUAAUGAUAAAAUAAUACAUAAUGAUAAAAUAAUACAUAACAAUAAAAUAAUAAAUAAUAAUAAUGACAUAUUAAUAGAAAGUGAAAAAAUCGUGUGGAGAAGAUGGUUAAAAAAACAAGAACAAAAUAUACAAAUAUAUAAAAACAAAAAGUGGUUCAAAGAUAUUAUUGUUGAAUUUGAAAAAGACGAAGAAGACGAUAUGAUAAUGUAUUCAAAUGUUAAUGAUAUCUCGAAAGUAAAUAAUAAAGAAGUCGAUGUAAACAACAGAGAUAAUUUGAUAAUGAAAAUAUGGAUAUGUAUAUGUAUGAUGAUAUUAGAAGAAUGUAAAAAGGAUGAGGGUAGAUAUAAUAAAGAAAUAUUUUUAAAUUCAUUUAUAAAAGAAAUAAAGAAAGAGAAAGAUGAGAAAAUUAAAAUGAACAUGUUAGACAUGAUUUUACAAAUGAAGGAAAAAUAUAUAUCAAAGAAUGAGAAAGACUUUUAUAUAUAUGAUUGGAAAAAAGAAAAAUGGUUUGAAGAUUUAAAAAAUGAUUGUAAAAAUAAUAAGAAUGAAUAUAUAUAUAUGUUACAAAAUGAUUUAUGUAAAAGGUAUUGGAAAGAUUUAGAUAAGAUGUGGUUAGAAAAUGAAGACAAAAUAAAGAGGAAUAUGUUAACAAAUAUAUAUGAAGAAUAUAAUAAUAUGGAUGAUUUAUCUAAAAAAGAAUAUAUUCAUAAAAAUAUUAAUAUAAUAAAUGAAAAUAUGAAAUGUAAUUCUGAGGUUGAAAAAACACAUGGUGAACAUACUGUAGAAGGAAUAAAAAAUUAUUAUUUAGAAAAACAAAAAGAAAUAUGGAGACAAUGGAUUGAGAAAAAUGUUAAACAUAUAAAUCAAUCAACAAAAGAACAGGAACAAAUUUUGGUAGAUACAGAAAAUAACAAAAUUGUGAAUUCAUCAGAUUGUAAAAAAAACGAAAAUAAGAACGAACCAUAUUAUAUGAAAAAAAAAAAUUUGAAAACAGUAUUUUUAGCAGAAAUUCAUAUGGAAACAAUGGAUAGAUGUAAGGGGUUGAAUUAUAAAGGAGAGGACAAAAUAGAAACUGAUGAAAAUAUUAAAGAAUUAAAAAUAGAGGAAGGAGAAAAUAGUAAAACUAAUUAUAUACAUAAAACCAUUUUACCAAAAGAUGAAUGCAAAAAAUCAAAAUUGUCAUUAAAUGAAGAAAAUAAAAUGUGCAAACAUAAAAAUAUGAAAGAAAAUAAGAUAAACGAUUUGGAUAAUUCGAUUUAUACGAAUCUUUAUGAUGAUACGAAUAAAUUUUUUUUUUUCAAUGAAAAUUGUGAAGGGGUGAAAAGUAUAUAUCAAGAAAUAGAGGAGAAUGUUGAAAAACGGUAUACUGAUGAUAUAUAUUUAUUAGAAAAUGAAAAACAUCAUAAUGAAUUUAAUACACACAUGGGAGAAAAUAAUUAUGACGUGAAAGAGAAGAUGGAUGAUAGGAAUAACAAGAAUUGUUACAUGAGAUCAUAUAUAAAACCUCGUGAUAAAAAGAAAAAUACUGAAAAUAAAACAUGA